AUGUGGAAAAGGCUAGAUGAGAAGUAUGGAAAUCCAGCAAAGGUUGCAGAUGUCAUUAUUGACGGGAUAUGGAGAACAGAAACUAUAAGAGAAGGAGAGGAGAAGAGAUUUUUUGAGUUCGUAGAGAUCAUUGAAGAGGGCUAUAGAGAUCUAAAAAGGCUCACUCUAGAAUCGGAGAUAACAAAAGCAGGCUCUGUCAGUAUCAUAGAAAAGAAACUACUGGCAGACAUUCGACGAAAAUGGGCCGAGACGGUGAGCGCUGAUAACAGUACCGUUGAUAAAACUAACAAAUUUCCAUUGCUUCUUAAAUUCCUAAACAGCCAACGUAGAGCCAUAGAGUAUGACACGGCCUCACUAAGGGUACCAGCCGGUCCAUUUAAAUCCGUCAUUCAUCACACAACUGCUAAGGAGGAAAUCGAUAUGAAAGGCCAAAGACUGACGCAAGGUAAAUGCUUAAUUCGUGAGGGAGGCAAACAUUCCACUGAGGAAUGUAAAGUCUGCUCGUCGAAGUCUCUUUACGAAAAGAAGACGCUACUGAAAGAGAAAAAUGCUUGCUGGUCUUGUCUUAAGGUCGGUCACCUGUCUCGUGUAUGCAGAGCGAAGAAGACAUGCAACAUCAAAGACUGUCCACUGACACAUCAUCACUCUCUGCACGAAGAAAUACAGGUGUUAAACACGUCCAACACUUCUGGGUCAAAAAAAUUUUGUAGGAAUACAGAGACUGACACCUGCCUGUUACAAGUGCAGAAGAUCAAAACCAAAAGGGAACUUGAACGUGAUGUGAGAUAA